GUAGGUUAGAAAUGAACUUACCUUGGCAGGAAGCGCUGGGCCAGGCUGGCAGAGACAGUGCUUAGCCCUCACAUGCCAGGUUUCUUCAGAAGCACAAAAGGAGAUGUUCUGUUCUAUGAAAAUAACUGGAGCCAGUGGCAAGGAGCAGCAGCAGCACUGCACCAAACAAGGAAAGCAUUUCCAGGUUAUCAAAACAUGCUGUUGAACUGAAUUUCGCAGCUGCAUUUUCCAAUGUACCAUGGGAUGCAUCAAAUCCAAGGCUGCCUGUCAAGGUUCGAAGGCUAUCCAGGAUGAGAAGAUCGGGGUAGGCACCGAAGGAUGCGCCGGGGAGAAAUCCUCUCUGAUAGCAGUGAAGGUGGACGAGAAGGGUCCCUCGAGCACCAUCGUGCUGGACUACGCGCACCGCCUGUCCCGGGAGAUCCUAGAGCAGGCGGUGAAGCAGUGGGCAGUGACGGAGAGCAAGUACAGCGACAUCCCCUUCAUCGAGAGCGACGUGCCCUGAGCCCCGGCCUGGCCCCAGGGAGCGGCCUGGCCUGUCAGUGCAGCAGUUUGUACAUGGUACUGGUGCGAAUAAAGCACAAUCGGCUGUGGUUUGAGGAUAUUGCCACUGUAUGGAUGGGUUUGCAAGGAGAGAGGCUGAGAAAAAAAGUUUGCCUUUUAACCUGCAUUGCUAACAAACUAAUUGGAUCACAGUCGAAUCUGUUCAUCGAGUGUCAUUUGUUAUCAGCUGUAUGUUGAGUAUAUUCUGUCUUUGUAUGUGUUGGAUGUGACCAGAAGUUAGGGUUAAAAAGAAGAUGAGAGGAGUGUGGCUGCCCUGCAGCUGUACAAGCAGUGCCAGAGAGGCCCCAGCGACACCGAGUGACAAAGCGUGGAUUAUUUCUCUGUACUGCAUAAAAGAUCAGUGGCCUGUUAGCAGGUGAGAAGAACUCUCUGUGCUUGGUACAUUUGUCUGCGUUUUGCUGAAGUGAAACCAAGGUCUGCACGUAGCAAAGGUAACUGCUGCCAUAAAUUUCACUCUGAUUCUUUGACCUGGCCAAAUCUGUAAUACCACAAAAUAAUGAAGGCGAUGGCAAGCGUUUCGUAAAACCAAGCAGGAUUCAGGGAACAGUAUGGAUGACAAGACCAUUCACCUUCCAUUCUGGGGUGAACCAGUGAGAACCAUGGCAGUACUGACAAAACAGUGCAUUAUAAUUAGCAGAUGCUUCUGUAAAUGCGUGACAGCUAGUCUCUGAAAUCCUGCAGUAAGACAGGUUGAUGACAUCUGAUCACUGUGUUCAGACCAAAGCUGUUCGGCUUUUUUUGGGUUUGGGGGUUUGUUUAGGUUUAUUUUCCUGUUUGGGUGCUGGUUUGGGGGGGGGAUUUGGUUUUGUUGUUUUGCUGUAACCCAGAUAGGUGUGCAAAAACUACUGAUGCUAACUAGUGAAAUGAACCUUCAAAGGUG